AUGGAUGGAGGAAAUCACUCAGUUGUGUCUGAGUUUGUGUUUCUGGGACUCAUCCAUUCAUGGGAGAUCCAACUUGUCCUCCUGGUGUUUUCCUCUGUGCUCUAUGUGACAAGCAUGACUGGAAACUUCCUCAUUGUGUUUUCUGUGACCAUUGAUCCUCACUUACACUCUCCCAUGUACUUUUUCUUAGCCAACCUCUCCUUCAUUGACCUUGGAGCCUGCUCUGUGGUCUCACCGAAGAUGAUUUACGACCUUUACAGGAAGCAUAAAGUUAUCUCUUUUGGAGGCUGCAUUGCUCAGAUCUUCUUCAUCCACGUCGUUGGUGGGGUAGAGAUGGUGCUGCUCAUGGCCAUGGCCUUUGACAGAUAUGUGGCCAUAUGCAAGCCUCUCCACUACCUGACCAUCAUGAGCAGGAGAGUGUGCAUUUUGUUUACAGCUGCUGCUUGGGCCCUUGGCAUCACUCAUUCACUGUUCCAACUAGCAUUUCUUGUGAAUUUGCCUUUCUGUGGUCCUAAUGUAUUGGAUAGCUUUUACUGUGACCUUCCUCGGCUCCUGAGAUUAGCCUGUACAGAUACCUACAGGUUGCAGUUCAUGGUCACUGCCAACAGUGGGUUUAUCUGUGUUGGUUCCUUCUUAAUACUCCUCAUCUCCUAUGUCUUCAUCAUGUUUACUGUUUGGAAACACUCCUCAGGUGGUUCAUCCAAGGCUCUCUCCACUUUGUCAGCUCACAUCACUGUGGUCCUUUUGUUCUUUGGCCCAACCAUGUUUGUCUAUACAUGGCCAAACCCCAAUUCACAGAUGGACAAGUUUCUUGCACUCUUUGAUGCUGUGCUCACUCCUUUUUUAAAUCCAGUCAUCUACACAUUUAGGAAUAAAGAGAUGAAGGCAGCAAUGAAGAGAGUAUGCAAAAACUUAGUUAUUUACAGAAAGAUCUCUUAG